AUGGCGCUGUCGUCAGGGCCCCUCGGUGGACUGGCAGGUGACCUGAAGCCUUACCAGCACGCCUGCUCCUUGAGAGACGUUGAAUCCGAAGUGGACCCGGCUAGCUUCGAGCAUUACGUGGAGCUGCUUCGCCAGGGCUCUGCCGGGGCUCUGCGUGUAGCGGCCGCGUCGAGGCUUCUGCAGCGCGAGGCGCACAAGACCUCCACAUUGGCCAAGGCCGCCUUGGGCGCCGCAACCUCGAUUCUGGAUCACCCGGAUGGCACUCCUGGCAUGCUCGCCAAGAGAGAGACGGAGCGUUACGCAAUUGCUUGGUGGAACCGGUACUUCAGAGACCUCACGAAGUAUGAGCCCAGACGCAUCCGUGCUCGUCGGCGCAUAGCCGAUGCCAUGGCCUCGAAAGAUGCAGCAGAUGCCAAGCUCACCGAACUCGAGUCCAUCAACAAGGACGAGUUCAGGCGGCAGCUUACCGAGCAGCGGCAAGACCUGCAGCAGCGAGAGAUGGAUUUAGCCACCAACACGCAGUCCACGCUUCAGAUGAAGAAGGCUGCUGCCGAGGCAAUAAAUGACAAGAAGAGUGCUGCAAAAUAUCGAGACAUGCUCGAUGACUACUGGCACAAGCGGGAGCUCGAGCAGGUCAGCGUCAUGGAAGCGAAACGGAACUUGAUGAAGCAGGAGCGUUUCCUGAUGCGCCUACCGUUUGAAAUGAAAACUGCAGAGCGCAUGGCCAAAUUCGCCGGCAGACGCCUGGAGAACGCAGAGAAAUCGCUGGGCUACAUCAAAGGCCAUCUAGAGGAACUGACAACUGCGGCUCCGUUGAAGCCGACCAACCCCUACGAGAGGAUGCCUUAUGUAAGCUGCUACAGACUGGGGAAAACCCCCGCUGAAGCUGGCAUUUCCGAGUGGCUCCUACUGUGUCAAUGGCGUCUGCCACGUGCCCCGCAGCAACGCCGUGGCGACUUCCUGUGCUCUGCUGACUGCCACCUUGUGACAGGGGGCGAUGAGGGCCGAGAUGUGAGCUGA